AUGCUUAUUAUACCUGAAUGCUGCAUAUGUAGAUUAAGUUUAAAAAAUAAUUUAUGCGUAGAAAAAAAUUGUGGAAAUAUUUUUCAUUAUGAAUGUAUGAAAAAAUGGAUAGCUUUUCAAAAAUCGUGUCCUCUAUGCAAAUCAACUUGUUAUAAAAAAAAUCUGUUAUCUAUCCAUUAUGAGAUAAGUGAAGAAAACAAAAUACUAAGUGAUGAAAACAUUAUGAAGAUGAGUAAAGAUGAAUUAUAUGAAGAUUUAAAAAAAUAUGAAGCAGAAUUAAUAAAAACUCAAAAUGAAAAUGAAAAAUAUUCUUUAGAAAUUUUAACAUUAACAAAUAAAAAUAAAAUUUUAACCGAAACUAUAAGCAAAAAUAAUACAAAAAUAAAUGAAGAGAAAUAUGAAAUAUUAAAAUUAAAAGAAUUAAAAGAUGAAUAUCUUAAAGAGAAAAUCAUUCUCACGACUAAAAUUGAAGAAUAUGAUAAAGAACUAAAAAAGUAUAAACUAAUCGAAAAGUAUUUAGAUAAUUUAAAUAAAGAAGACUUAAAUAAAAUAAAUUUAUUAUUUGGUUUUAACAUUUUAUCUUUUGAUGAACAAAAAAAUGUUAUAUUUAAUUAUAUAAAAAAUAGUUUAGGCAUACAGAAAAAGAAUGAAUCAAUUGUUAAAGAAUUAAAAGAAAGCAUUAUUAAAAAAGAUAAUGAAAUUUUAAGCUUAAAAGAAAGGUUGUAUAAAUGUAAACUGAAUAAUGAAAUUAUAGAUUGCAACAAAAAUAAUAUAUCAAAUGACGAAAAUGACUCGAGGACAAUAAAAAUUAAAAAUAAAACAAUAAGAAGAGUUGUAACAUUAGAACCUAGAAGCAAAACUAAUAGAAAUAAUAGUCUUUCUUUUUAUUCUAAAUCAAAAACAAAUGAUAAAGUUAUAAAUAAUAAUUUUGAUUUUAUUAAUUUUAUUGACAAGAAAAUAAAUAGUUCAAUUACCCCUGAGAAAACUAAUUUUACUCCAAAAAAAAUGAAGUUUCAUCCUAUUGAAAUAGAUUUGCUUAGAAAUAAAUCAAUUGAUAAAAUUUUUAAUAAGCAAAUUGACAAAAAUGAUGCCAAAAUGGAAGAAGAAUAUAAAACAUAUUCUAAAAAAAUAGAACCAAAUCAUAUAGACAAUUCAGAAAACACUACCAAAUUAAUAACAAGUUUCUGUUCAUUAAAAAAUUUUAAAAACUUUAGAAUCACUAAAAAUAGAAAGAGGAAAUCUUUAAAAGAGCAAUCAUCUAAAAUCACCGACUUUUUUAAAAGAAUUUGA